GACGUAAUCUGCCUGCAGCCACAACGCCUUGUUGACUGUUGAGUGUUUUGUUUAGCGUUUUUAUUUUAGGACGAAAAGAAUCAUUUUUUUUUAUCCUUGUAGACAGAAAAUAUUGACCAAGAAAAACGAAGACGAAAAAUUUAAGAAAUCUAAUUGAAUAUCGAACGGUAGUGCACAAAAAACAACCAUCCGAGUCUGAAAACCUGAAUGUGUGAAGACAGUGUACUACAUGUACCGGCAGCAGCGUAACACUAACAGCGAGAGCAACUCGACACAAAAGCAAGCCCAAACCAACGGCAGGCCAAGCAGGCCAGGUACCGUACCGUUAAACCGCGACUUGGCUGAGCUGAGCUGAGUGAGAUCAUCGAUCAGAGAGCGAGACCCACACUGACACUGCACUGUAGGUGUUGUUUAUCAUUGCCAAGACAGGACAGGAACAUGAUUGAAUGGACAAUGUUAUCUGCCGCAUUUCUUCCCUCUUUACUCUUCUUGCAAGUUGUGACAAUUUCACAAGGUCAGAAUAUACGUUUGCAAGAUGGUGGUCCAACCUAUGGAAGAUUGGAGAUUUACCACAAUGGAGAAUGGGGCACAGUUUGUGAUGACAACUUUGGGAUUCUGGAUGCACAGGUGGCUUGCCGCGAGCUAGGGUUGGACUCGUUUUUGACGAGCGUUUACGGAGGCAGUAGGUACGGGCCAGGGACGGGACAAAUCUGGUUGGAUGAAGUGGAUUGUACUGGUUCAGAGUCGAGUUUGGCUAGCUGUUCCCACAGUGGCUAUGGUAUCCAUGAUUGUUCUCAUUCAGAGGAUGUUGGCAUCGUCUGUGGAUCAACUACAGAUUCCAUGAUUGGAGGGGAAUUACGUCUGGUAAAUGGAGGUUCUAAUUACGGAAGACUGGAAAUCUCUGUAAACGGUGUCUGGGGUACUGUCUGUGAUGAUAGCUUUGACAGCUCAGAUGCAAGGGUUGCCUGCCGUCAGCUUGGCUUUGACACAUCGAUAGUAGACUACUAUACAAGUGCAAGAUUUGGUGAAGGAACUGGGUCUAUUUGGUUGGAUGAAUUAGGUUGCAUUGGUACAGAAACAACCCUGAACAGCUGUUAUCACAGUGACUUUGGUGUUCAUGAUUGCACCCAUGCAGAAGAUGUUGGCAUUUCGUGUGGAACAACAAAUGUAGGAGGAAGUUCUGGAGGCUUGUCAGGUGUGGGAAGUUGGAUAGGGGGUGCCAUCUUUAUCAUUAUUAUAUUUGUGGUCGCUAUACUGUUCAGACGGAGACGAAUUAACGCAAUGCGCCAACGUCAAACUACAAGGUUCGUCCAGCCACCUGUUACCACCACAGUCCAUGUCACCACCAACCCCAGUGCCCCGGGGAACACACCCAUGCCUACCUACCACCACGCUCCAGCACCGCAGCAGCAACCUGGCGAACCACGCCCGUACCCCACACAGACCUUCACGCCUACUUACCCGUCGGCUGGAGGUGCUCCGCCGGCAAACCCGUACCCUGUUCAGGCUUUCCCGCCCGCCACACAGUAUCCAGCACAGCCUCCAUCAGAUACCAAUCCCUACCCUCCCCAGGGCGCCGGGACGGCCGGUUACCCUCCUCAGCCAACAGCACCUGCCUACCCACCCCCAUCGGCGGCAAGUGCUCCAGCGUACCCGCCCCCAUCAGCAGCUAGUGCUCCAGCCUACCCGCCCCCAUCGGCAGCUAGUGCUCCAGCCUACCCACCCCCGUCUACAGGAGAUGCAUCGGCCUAUCCUCCCCAGCUGACUCCUGAUGCGUCAGCUGCAUACCCCCCAAGCAGUAAUACUCCCGUAGGAGACCUUCCCCCUCCGCCUUCCUAUGAUGACAUUGUCAAGCAGUAACUUCCAUGUUAACUAAAAUUCUGCAAUUUUCUUAGCUCUCCACUUUUUCAUCCAGAUGAAUCGUGAUAUAAUUUACAUCAGAAAUUUCAGGGUGAAGUGUAUGAUGUGACAUUUUAAAAUGCUUACUGUGUGCAAGAAAAAUGUCAAAGCACGUGUAUGCAGACAAUAUUGUAUCUGGGUGAUUC